GCGCUCAGUGUGGAUGUAGGGGAGAUAUUAUGAGGCCGGUGUCAUUAGGCGAUCGCUGCUGCUGAAUGAGUGAAUGUUCUCCUCCUGUCUGACUCUGUCCCGGCUGCGGUCGCCCCAUGGUGUUCAGGUCCCCGCUAGAGCUCUACCCCACCCACCUCUUCCUGCCCAACUUCAGCGGCGAGCGCUCCCUGCUCCUGGCCAGCGGCAGCGGCGGCGGCGGCGGCGGCGGCUCCCGAGCCCCAGAAGAGCUGUCCAUGUUCCAGCUGCCCACCCUCAACUUCUCCCCGGAGCAGGUGGCCAGCGUGUGCGAGACGCUGGAGGAGACCGGGGACAUCGAGAGGCUGGGGCGCUUCCUGUGGUCCCUGCCCGUGGCCCCCGGGGCGUGCGAGGCCAUCAACAAGCAUGAGUCCAUCCUGCGAGCCCGGGCGGUGGUGGCCUUCCACACCGGCAACUUCAGGGACCUCUACCACAUCCUGGAGAACCACAAGUUCACUAAGGACUCCCACGGGAAGCUGCAGGCCAUGUGGCUGGAAGCCCACUACCAGGAGGCCGAGAAGCUGCGGGGGCGCCCCCUAGGACCGGUUGAUAAGUACCGGGUGCGGAAGAAGUUCCCUCUGCCCAGGACCAUCUGGGACGGAGAGCAGAAAACGCAUUGCUUCAAGGAGAGGACUCGCAGCCUCCUCAGGGAGUGGUACCUACAGGACCCUUACCCCAACCCCAGCAAGAAAAGGGAACUAGCCCAGGCCACUGGCCUCACCCCUACACAGGUGGGGAACUGGUUCAAAAACCGAAGGCAGAGAGACAGAGCUGCAGCUGCUAAGAACAGGCUCCAGCACCAGUCUAUCGGACAGAGCGGCAUGAGGUCGUUGGCAGAGCCCGGGUGCCCCACACACAGCUCGGCAGAGUCUCCCUCCACAGCGGCUGCCAGUCCGACCACCAGUGUGUCCAGCCUGGCAGAGCGCGCCGAGACUGGCACCUCCAUCCUCUCCGUCACCUCCAGCGACUCGGAAUGUGAUGUAUGAUAGCUAGGCAGGCAGUGUGACAAUGACAAUGGACCUGAACUUCCAGGCAAUGUCACCCAACUAGAGGACAUCAUAGAAAGGUGCCACCUAGACUCCAACAGGACCAGCCCGACCUCUCCUUGCGCUUUUCAAGGACGCACUGGCCACUUGCAUGAAUCAUUUGUAUGUGGGGACCUGUUCUACAUAACUCCGUUGUCAACACUUACCAGGAUCUCCAUGAAGAGGAAACACACAUCUCAUUUUAUUUUUUCAUUUUUUUUUUAUUUUGUUGAUUCCCUCCCCCCCCCCCUCCUCUCUCUCUCUCUGUUAUGUCCAAUUAUUGGCCACUCCAGCCUCUUUGUUCUGUUCUUAUCUUUUUAUUAUUAUUAUUUUUUUAUUAUUAUUAUUAGUAAUAGUAAUAAUAAUAUUCUGUUUUUUUAUUAUUAUUAUUUUGUCCAGCAGACAAUCAUUUUUCUUCGUAAGCACCUUUUAUUUUUAUUUUUACACCUCUGUCACUGCCUGUGUGGGUUUCUGGUUAAUGUGGAAGAAAAGAAUAGUUUAUGACUGUAACAGAUUUUUAUUUUUAUUUCAAAAUUUUAUAUGAAUUAUGUAUAUCUCAAUGGUGAGACCAUGUCCCAGUUGUAAUAUAUGUGUAGAAAUGCUUGUAUAUAAUAUUGCUAAUUCUCCUUAAUAUUUGCCCCCACCCCUCAUUUAUUUGUCUUACGCUUUCUCGCUCUGUUUCACACACAUAGACAUUAAUUCUGUUCCUUCUACUCUCUCUCUCUCUCUCUCUCUCUCUCUCUCUCUCUCUCUCUCUCUCUUUCUUUAGCCUCCUCUUUCUCUAAUACCCUCUUUUUGCCCUUAUCGAAACCGUAUCACACAACCUUCCUCUCUACAUCUAUUUAUAUAUGUCCCAAACACUCAUUUUUGCCCCUACCGUAUUCACAGCCUCCUCAUCCCGCCUCUCUCCCUCUCUCUCUCUCUCUCUCUCUCUCUCUCUCUCUCUCUCUCUCUCUCUCUCUCUUUCACCCUUCCCUUCUUUUUCUUUCUCUUUCUUUCGGUCUGUCGCCUCUUUCUUCUCAGUGGUCAUAUUUUGGCCUGUCAAAGUAAUCUUUUUCUUUUUCCCAGAGUGACUCCGGCUAUUUAUGAUGCAACUGUAGUAAUUUUAUGCAAAAUCUAUUCUGAGUGUCUCCCAACAGCUUGGAGAUGUUCUGAAGAUCCACUUAGAGCGCUUAACCCCAGUCUCCUUCUCUCCGUGUUAUUGUCUAUGUACAAACUUUCUAAUUCAAAUACAGUAUUCAUUUUUUUCUUAC